AUGUAUGUGAAAUGGUUUGAUACAGUAAUGUUUUACUAUGUGAUUUUAGUGUAUUUAGUGAAUGUCACUUUUUGUCAUUUUCAAAUUUCCCGCCGUUCUGUUCCCGUACGUCCCGACGCUCGCAGGGAACGCAACCCAGAUGACAGAUGCCGGCAUCCGCCGGAUUACAUUGCCGGGGACACUGCAGGAGGGACAUCGCGGGAGCGAAGGACAAGGAGCAGCGCCGCAUGGUAAGUCCGAGUGUAACUCGGGGUUACCGCUUGUGCUACACUCGGGAAUACCGCCAGGGGGGUUAAAC